UAUUUCGUCAUCUUUCAACUUCAAUAAUACAAACAACUCUCACUCACUUGUCACUCAUUAUCUCUCCUCCUUUUUUUUUUUUUUUUUCUAUAAUUAAGUUUCCUUCAACUGAAUUUCUUGAAUUGUUGCAGAAAUGUCAAUCCCAAUCCCUUCUCGUCAGUUGUUUAUUGAUGGAGAAUGGAGAGAACCCAUCAAAAAGAACCGUAUCCCUAUUAUCAACCCUUCUACUGAGGAAAUCAUCGGUGAUAUUCCAAAUGCCACUGCUGAGGAUGUGGAGAUUGCAGUUAGUGCAGCUAGAAGAGCACUGAAGAGGAAUAAGGGCAGAGAUUGGGCUGCUACAUCUGGAGCUCACCGUGCUAAAUACUUGCGCGCUAUUGCUGCUAAAAUAACAGAAAGAAAGGAUCAUUUUGUUAAACUUGAAACCAUUGAUUCUGGGAAACCCAUGGAUGAAGCUGUGUUGGACAUUGAUGAUGUUGCUUCGUGUUUUGAGUAUUUUGCGGGUCAAGCAGAAGCUUUGGAUGCUAAGCAAAAAUAUCCAGUCGCCCUUCCUAUGGACAGAUUCAAAUGUCAUGUUCUUAGGGAACCAAUUGGUGUUGUUGGACUAAUUACCCCAUGGAAUUACCCACUUUUAAUGGCUACAUGGAAAAUUGCUCCAGCUCUUGCUGCUGGGUGUACCGCUGUACUUAAGCCAUCAGAAUUGGCAUCUGUGACCUGCCUAGAAUUCGGUGAAGUUUGCAACGAAGUCGGUCUUCCUCCAGGUGUGUUGAAUAUUUUGACAGGAUUGGGUCCAGAUGUGGGUGCGCCAUUAGUAUCUCAUCCCGAUGUUGACAAGAUUGCAUUUACUGGAAGUAGUGCCACUGGAAGCAAAAUUAUGGCUUCUGCUGCCCAAUUGGUCCGGCCGGUUACGCUGGAACUUGGAGGCAAAAGUCCUAUUAUUGUGUUCGACGAUGUUAAUCUUGACACGGCUGCUGAAUGGACCAUCUUUGGCUGUUUUUGGACAAAUGGUCAAAUAUGCAGUGCAACCUCUCGACUUCUUGUGCACGAAAGUAUUGCAGCUGAAUUUAUUGACAAGCUUGUCAAAUGGAGCGAAAAAAUAAAAAUUUCUGAUCCAUUUGAAGAAGGAUGUCGGCUUGGUCCUGUUAUUAGUAAGGGACAGUACGAUAAAAUUAUGAAGUACAUAUCAAAUGCAAAGAGUGAAGGGGCAACUAUUUUGUAUGGAGGUUCCCGUCCUGAGCAUUUGAAGAAAGGUUAUUACAUUCAGCCAACCAUUAUAACUGAUAUCUCCACAUCCAUGCAAAUUUGGAGGGAGGAAGUUUUUGGUCCGGUCUUGUGUGUUAAAACAUUUAGUUCCGAAGAUGAAGCCAUAGAUUUGGCCAAUGAUACAGAGUAUGGUUUAGCUGCUGCUGUGUUUUCUAAAGAUCUUGAAAGAUGUGAUAGAAUAUCGAAGGCUCUAGAAGUUGGAGCUGUUUGGGUUAAUUGCUCACAGCCUUGCUUUACCCAAGCUCCAUGGGGAGGCACCAAACGUAGUGGUUUUGGACGUGAACUUGGGGAAUGGGGUAUCGAGAAUUACUUGAAUAUUAAGCAGGUGACUCGGGAUAUUUCUACUGAUGAACCGUGGGGAUGGUACAAGUCUCCUUGAAGCUUUCGAUGAAAUUCGUAAGACGCCAUCAUCAUGAAGUGGACAAUGUAGUUUACAGUUUGAAUGUAUUGUUAAACAAAGCAUUGAUGAUGAUGGAUUCAAUUUGAUGUAUGUGUUUCUUUAUCACUCCAUAGAAUGGAGAAAAGUUUGAAUCAGGAAUAACAUGCUUACAUAUUUUGAGUAAGCAGUUUUUAUUUGCAACUUUAAAUUCUGUGAAGAAAUCGUUUAAUUGUA